GGCAGCAUAGCGAUAACUAAGUGUGUAACUAUCGAACUACUUUCUCUAAAAAUAGUAAAACAUUCAAAUAUAUGGACAUUUUAUGCCUUGAACGUUAAUCAUAAUCAUGACACUGGGUGAGGUACGAGUCGAGAACAAAAUCCAACCUACUGAAAACUGCGCGCAAACCAUGAAUAUAAAUAAUGGCAUGACCUCAGACAAAUCUAAUGGAAAUAAAAAACAGAAUGAUGCAACAAUAUCAUUCUUACGUGCUGCUCGCAGCGGGGACAUUAAGAAAGUUAUUGAUUACCUAGAAAGUGGUGAAAUAUCGGACAUAAACAGUUGCAAUGCGAACGGUUUAAAUGCACUUCACUUAGCUGCAAAGGACGGAUAUGUGGAUAUAUGCUGUGAGUUGCUGAGGAGAGGCAUAGCGGUUGAUAAUGCUACUAAAAAGGGAAACACAGCGUUGCACAUUGCAUCUUUGGCAGGCCAGCAAGAGGUCAUCAAUCAGCUUAUUAUAUCCAAUGCCAAUGUGAACGUUCAGUCUCUUAAUGGAUUCACACCUCUCUACAUGGCAGCCCAAGAAAACCACGAUAACUGUUGUCGAAUCUUACUGGCAAAUGGAGCGAACCCGUCAUUAUCUACAGAAGAUGGCUUUACACCACUUGCGGUAGCGAUGCAGCAGGGGCACGAAAAAAUAGUAGCUGUCUUGCUUGAAACUGAUGUUCGCGGUAAGGUUCGCCUCCCAGCACUUCACAUUGCUGCCAAAAAGAACGACGUAAACGCAGCCAAGCUUUUACUUCAGCACGAUCAUAAUGCCGACAUUGUUUCCAAAUCUGGUUUCACUCCGUUGCAUAUAGCAGCUCAUUAUGGAAAUGUUGACAUCGCCACCUUGCUUUUGAAUAACGAUGCAGAUGUUAACUAUGUGGCCAAACAUAAUAUAUCCCCUCUACACGUGGCAUGUAAAUGGGGAAAGAUAUCAGUAUGUAGCUUGUUAAUAUCUCGAGGAGCAAAGAUAGAUGCCGCAACUCGUGAUGGCCUGACUCCACUUCACUGCGCCUCACGCUCAGGUCAUGUUGAGGUCAUUGAGCACUUGCUGCGUGAAAAGGCUCCCAUACUGACAAAAACUAAGAAUGGCCUGUCCGCGUUGCAUAUGUCUGCUCAGGGAGAGCACGAUGAGGCAGCGCGAUUAUUACUGAACAACAAGGCUCCUGUAGACGAAGUUACCAUCGAUUAUUUAACAGCACUUCAUGUGGCUGCUCACUGCGGUCAUGUAAAAGUAGCGAAACUGUUGCUCGAUUACAAUGCAAAUCCAAAUGCUCGUGCACUUAACGGUUUCACCCCUCUUCAUAUCGCUUGCAAAAAAAACCGCAUUAAGGUAGUUGAACUACUUAUUAAAUACGGAGCUAGCAUUGGCGCAACCACAGAAUCUGGCCUGACACCCUUACAUGUUGCUAGUUUUAUGGGAUGUUUGAAUAUUGUAAUAUAUUUACUACAACAUGAGGCUAAACCAGAUAUACCAACAAUACGAGGAGAAACACCACUUCAUUUGGCCGCUCGUGCUAAUCAGACGGAUAUAAUUCGAAUUUUGCUCCGCAGUGCUAAAGUGGAUGCUAUUGCCCGUGAAGGCCAAACGCCAUUACAUGUAGCUUCUCGAUUAGGAAAUAUUAAUAUAAUUAUGUUAUUACUGCAGCACGGAGCAGAUAUUAAUGCUACAACAAACGACAUGUAUUCGGCCUUGCACAUUGCUGCAAAAGAAGGGCAAGAAGAUGUAGUUCAAGUGAUGUUGGAUAACGGUGCGCAACUAGACGCUAUAACCAAAAAGGGAUUAACUCCAUUGCAUUUGGCUAGCAAAUACGGAAAGGCGAAAAUAGUAACAUUACUAAUAGAAAGAGGAGCUUUUGUUAAUUUUCAGGGGAAAAAUGAUGUGACCCCCUUACACGUGGCAACGCACUAUGAUCAUCAACUUGUGGUAGAUAUACUACUGAAAAACGGCGCUUUACCAAAGUUAUGUGCGCGAAACGGUCAAAGUGCCCUUCACAUAGCUGCGAAGAAGAAUAAUCUGGAAAUCGCAUUGCAGUUGUUACAACAUGGUGCAGACGUUGGGGUUAUAAGCAAGAGCGGCUUUUCUCCUUUGCAUUUGGCGGCUCAAGAAGGACACGUUGAUAUGGUACAACUACUCCUAGAAUAUGGGGCUACAAGUACCGCUGCCAAAAACGGCCUGACACCAUUACAUUUGGCUGCACAUGGGGGCCAUGUUCAUAUAUCCCGCAUUUUGCUGGAACACGGCGCUGAAAUAUCAGAACGCACUAAAAAUGGUUAUUCUCCACUUCACAUUGCUGCGCAUAACGGUCACCUUGACCUUGUAAAAUUUUUGCUGGAAAACGAUGCUGACAUUGAAAUGUCUACCAAUAUCGGUUACACACCACUUCAUCAAGCUGCUCAGCAAGGCCACAUUAUGAUUAUUAAUCUCCUAUUACGCCACAAAGCGAAUCCAAAUGCUUUAACAAAUAACGGUAAUACAGCUCUACACAUUGCAAGUAACCUAGGAUAUAUAACGGUUAUGGAAACCCUUAAAACUGUCACUUUAACAUCCACUGUUAAUAUCAAUACGGGUGUGAUUCAAGAAAAAUGCAAGGUAGUGUCUCCAGAGGUUAUGCAUGAAACUUUGCUUUCUGAUUCCGAAGACGAAGCUGGUGAUGAUUUGUUGGACCAUAAUCAUUAUAAAUACAUGGCAACUGAUGAUUUAAAAGCCAAUUACAGUCAGGAUCACCAAAACUUCGAUACUACAAAUCCUGAACAUGACCACACUGAUGUGUCCGUUCCGCUAAUCGUCGAAAAAGAAAUACUACACAACGACAUCAAAUGUACGAGAACAUCUGAAAUGGAACUAAAACCCGAUAAUGUCCCCAUUGUCCGACCCCAGGUGCAACUAGGGUUCCUCGUAUCAUUUUUGGUAGACGCACGCGGUGGAUCAAUGCGCGGGUAUCGGCACAGUGGUGUGAGAAUUAUAGUUCCCCCAAAGGCCUGUGCUGAACCCACACGUUUAACAUGUCGUUAUGUUAAACCGCAAAGGGUAGUCAACCCUCCUCCUUUAAUGGAGGGGGAAGCACUUGUGAGUCGUAUCUUGGAAAUGUCACCUGUUGAUGGAAUGUUUUUAAGCCCAAUCACCUUAGAAGUUCCUCACUUUGGCACCCUAAGAGAAAACGAGCGCGAAAUUAUUAUACUGCGUUCCGACAACGGAGAAAGUUGGCGCGAGCAUAACCUAUAUGAAAGUGAAGAUCUUAUAAACGAUUUUCAUAAGGACAAACACAUUGGCGGCUUUAAUCGAAUCGAAGAAGAAUUACAUACAGAUCGUAUUGUUCGAAUAGUUACGCAAAACGUACCGCAUUUUUUUGCCGUUGUUUCGCGUGUUCGUCAAGAAGUGCACGCUAUCGGACCUGAUGGUGGCACCGUUUUCUCUACAGCAGUACCGCAGGUUCAAGCUAUAUUUCCACCUCAUGCCUUGACCAAGAAAAUUCGAGUCGGCCUUCAGGCACAGCCAGUAGACCUGGUUGGAUGUUCUAAACUGCUUGGCCAAGGCGUUGCUGUCUCACCAAUAGUCACUGUGGAACCACGCCGAAGAAAAUUUCAUAAAGCAAUUACACUUAGUAUUCCUGCUCCAAAAGCUUGUACCAAAAGUAUGGUUAAUGCAUGCUAUAGUAAUGGAAAUUCGAAUUCACCUACUCUUAGACUAUUGUGUUCCAUUACCGGUGGUCAGACGCGUGCAACAUGGGAGGAUGUUACUGGAUCAACACCGCUUUCUUUUGUUAAAGAUAGUAUAACAUUUACAACUACUGUUUCAGCCCGUUUUUGGCUGAUGGAUUGUCGCAAUGUUGUAGACGCCGGACGAAUGGCAACAGAACUUUACAGUCAUUUGACCAAAGUUCCUUUUCUUGUUAAGUUUGUAGUCUAUGCUAAACGUCUCUCUAAAACAGAAGCAAAAUUUUCAGUGUUUUGCAUGACUGAUGAUAAAGAGGACAAGACGCUUGAACAACAAGAAUACUUUACAGAGGUUGCAAAAAGUAGGGAUAUUGAAGUUUUGCAGGAUCAAACUAUAUAUCUAGAAUUUGCUGGUAACAUCGUCCCUGUUUUAAAAACAGGCGAGCAACUUAGUACCAAGUUUCAAGCAUUUUGCGAAAAUCGUCUUUCAUUUAUUGCUCAUAUUAAAGAUCCAGAAUUUCCACAAGGUCGUAUCUGUUUUAUGACCAACCCGAAGGUUGGACCUGAUGAAUUGCCACAGAAUCCGCUUUGUACCUUGAAUGUGUCAGUAGAUAUGAAAACUAUGACAAACUAUCUGGAGAACUAUAAGUUCCACAACAUAAAUGACAGUGUUAGUAUGCGUGGUAAAAAAAAUUAUAAUGAUAUGAUUAGUUCAGAAAUAAAAGCAGAUACAGCGCCUACUGAACAAAAUAUAAAAGAAACUGAUAUUACCGGAGUGUAUAAGAAGUCCAGCGACACUGAUAUGAUUCAAAGGGCGGAUAUAACAUUAAUUGAUGUAUGUAGCCAUAUAGGUAGUGACUGGCCUCAGCUAGCCAAAGAAUUGGGUGUUCCCGAGACCGACAUCGAGCUUGUCAAAGCAGAGUACAAUAAUGACGACUGCAUGCAGCAGAGCAUGGUAAUCUUGCAAUUAUGGCUAGAACAUGGCGGCAUUUCCACAGGAAAUGUAUUAGCUGAAGCUCUUGACAAAAUUGGCCGUUCCGACAUAGUGGAAAAUUGUAUACAUAAUGUAGAGUUAGUCACAGAUAAAUUGGAACAGGAUCUGGCCACUACCCGAAUUGAAAACCCUGUGGAUUGUAAAGAGUCAACCACGAAGACUUCAGAACCUAAAAUAGAUUCCUUUCAAAAGGAAGAAGACAUAUUUUUUUGAAUACAUAGAUAAUUUUAGCACUGAACACUAGGGGUCACGUAAAAAUGUAAGCUUGCGUAAUCCAGAAUUAGAUAUUCACCGUCAAAGUCUAAAGCCAGAAAAUUAUAUCUCAACAAAUUAUGAUUGUUUAUGUCAAAAAUCGGCGGUAAACAUCGUUCGAAAUAAUUGCCCAUAUAAUCAAUUUAUUGCAAUUAUUCUUUAUAAAAAGUGUUUAUUUUUUUAAAAAUGAUUUUCAUCAUUGCUUUUCUUAUAUGGAUAAUGUGUGUUUUAAUCAAUGGUCACUUUCCAAUUUUUAAUGAAUAUAAAUUAACAGCGUUUGUAUUUUGUUUAGUGCAAAAUUAAAUUACUAAUAUAUUAAAUUGGUUAACCAAUAAUAAUUUACAA